AUGGACCGUGGGUGGUUUGACUACAACUCGCUAUCGAUGCUGCCACAGCAGGCCCAGCCCCUUUAUGUCAACCGCCCUCGCUUACCUCCAGAUCACGACACUGCUCCAAGUCGCCAUGGAGUAGAAUACCACUCCUUCACAGGAGCACCCAAAUCUAAUGCAAGGAGGGCAACUUCGGCUAGCCAACCCGAGGGUGCUGAUAGCGUAUCAUCACAACCAAAGCAGCAGAUUGUGAGACCAAUACUUCCUCGAGAGGGACUUCAGUUUUUGAGCCCCCCUCUCUCUCCCAAAAAUCGAUUAUGGGAGGCUAGCAGCAUUUCAAAUCCUCGCAAUACGGGAAGAAACAUAGUCGGAAGAGAAAACUUGCAUGAUGGUGAGCGGAAAUCGUAUUCUCCUCCUUCUGGAUAUAAUUCCCAUUGUGCUUCUGAAGUGGGGAAUUCGCAGAAUUCGACCCUCUCACUAAAUUGCGGCAGUCAGGGAGGGCUGACGAAAUCAGUUGCGCUGCCAGAUGCUUCGCCAGUGAAUAGGUGGCAACAAGCCCAGGAAUACCGACGAAAGGUCUAUCAAGUACCAUACCGCGAUCCGCGUUUAGAUUUUACCAUUGUUGGCGUUGAGCAGAACGCCGAAUUUUGGGUUGGCCAGCUGGCUCUGGCCAUGACUAACGUUCACAACGUAAAAGACCGAGAAGGCUCGCAUGCGAUGAAGAUGUUCCUUCCUAAUGUGUAUGACCCUCUUUUGGUAGAAGCGACUUGCAGGGAUAUACUCCGUUCGUUGAUCGACCGCUGCAAGAACGGUUUUCGUGGACCGAAUACUUUCAAUAAAGCAAUCAAGCCUGGGAAAGAAUUGGAGGCUGAUAAAACAGCGACGUGUGAAGAGAGACUUAGCAAUAUUAUACGAGCUUUAACGUGGAAUAAGAGAGUUUGCAAGGACGUGUUGUACGACGACUGGAAGAUUCGUUUGCUGGUAAAUCACCCCCUGGCGUACGACAGGGAAAAGGAUUCUCAGAAAGGGUCGAAUGAUCAGCGCAGAUUAAGACACAUUAAAGAGCGAGAAAAAUUGAAGAAGACUGAGGAGGAGCUCCGGGCUUAUCAAAUUGUUAACACGCAGACCCAGCCUGAGAAUACGUCUGAACAAACGAAUCUUACUAGGAGUCAUGACUCUACUGCGACCGUGAGCAUUCAGCAAGGCAACUACUUUGCGGAAAGAAUUUUACCACAUCAACCCCCUUGGACUAGACAGUUGAUAGGCUCUUCCUUUUCUUCGCCAAUGAUGCUAAGUCUCAAUUCGCCAGCAACGAGGCAGGGGUUGGAUGGGAACAACACAAGAGGGAUGAAAAGGACACGACUGGGGGGUGGAUUUGAUGAUGAUGUCAACGAAACAAAGCAGGCGAAAUCUGAGAAACAGUGA